AUUUUAUGUGAGAAAUUUUGAUUCCCAUAAGGCUGAUAUCUUGUGUACAUGAAUUUAUGGGUGACAUAUUAUGGGUGCACAUGAAUUUAUGGCGUGAUUUUAUGUGGGAAUUAAAACCAUAUCACACGGUUGUUGGGUGCAUUUAUACCAACUCAAAGUCAUACACACUUGUUAAGGAAACAACCUUAAAUUUACGAACUUAAUUGGUCCGUACACGGUUGCUGGUAGGUAGUUAAUGAAGAAUACCAACCAAAUGUUCAUUCAUCACUCAUUUGAACAAGAAAGAAGAAGAAAAUCCUCUCGAAACACAUACACGGUAGUACACGGUUGCUCCGAAUAUAAAAAAAAAAUCAUCUAAAGGCUUGUAUUACAUAAGGUAUGUGAAAUACAUAUUUUUUUUUAAAUUUCGUCUGUACACGGUUUGUGUUCUUGAGUACACGGUUGUACACGGUUUGUAUUUUAGUGAUUUUUUGUUGUUUAUUUCAAUAAUUAUGUUAUAUAUAUGACUUAUUACAUGUUUUGGACUAAAAACGGCAUAAAAAAACACUCUGUACGCAAAUUAUCUUAUUUUUGAACCCUUAGUGUUCUGCUGUACACGGUUAGGGUUUCCGUGUACACGGUUGUGUACACGGUUGUACACGGUGGUCGAAUUUGCUGUACACGGUUGGGUUGAAUAUGAUUUUGAUGUUAUUUUUAGCAUGUUUGUAUAUUCAGUUGAUGUAUUGGGGUACACGGUUUCCUGUUUGUGUAUUUAAAUGUUGUAUUUUUGUCGUUUUGAAGCAGAUGUCGUUUCAAGCAAUCGUUAUACGGCACAGUGGUCAGUGGAAAUUAACCGAGUAUGAAGGAGGCGAUGAGGUUGUCGUGUACAUGUCUAAGGAAGACCUUUGUCAUGCGAAGUUGAUGCAAGAGGUGCACGAUCAAUUAAACGAGGAUGGUCGAUCCACUUAUAUGCUUUUCUACACAUCGACCACGGACGAAGGGCGAAAAAUAAAAGUGGCUUUGAAGACUGAUUCGGAUUUGAACCGGCUGAUUUCCGAGCAUAAGAAAUAUCCCGUUGUUUACGUGAUCGAGAAGGGCAAACAAUCUGCGGCUCCGGUUCCUCAGACUCAAGAGCGGGUAUAUUAUGAGGGACAUCGGUCUACUAUGUUUCCUAUUGAGACGGACAUUGGAAGAAGUAUCCCUACACACGAUGAUAGUAGGGACGAUUCAUCGUCGCAGGAGGAGGAAGACGAGUCCGAGUCUUCGGAUGAGGAAGAAGAGGCGAUACGACGCAGAGAGAUAUUGGAUUCAGUGUCGACUGAACAGGAAGCGUGGAGACAGACAGGGCCUCAGAAUUUCACAUCGGAUGAUCAGCCCGAUGUCGAGCCUCGUGUUGGAGUUCAGCAGCUUGAGGCACGUGAUUGGGGGAUUCCAGUCCUCGAUUUUGACGAUGCGCCGGCAUUAGGUUGGGAGGAUUCUAACGUAUUGGAGAGCGGGAUAUUAUCAGUGGGGGCUCUAUUCCGGUCGAAGGAUGAUUUGGCAAUCGCUGUUGGCCUGUACCAUAUGGAGAAUCACGUGGAGUACGCCGUGCAUCGUUCCAGUACGACCCGUUUGUGGUUUGUUUGCAAGCAUGGCAACGGUUGUCCGUUCAUGCUGCGAGCCGUUCAGAGUGCAUCGAUCUGGAGAGUGAUCAAGGUGGUGAUGCAUCAUACCUGCCACAUGGAUUUGAAUCGCACUGCCCCGAGACAGAUUCCGGCGAGGGUUGUUGGAAGAUAUUUUGCACGGAAAUUGGUAGGCGAGGGGGUCGUUUUGAAGCCGAAGGAGAUGAUGUCAGAGAUGCAGCGCUUAUUCGGUAUUGAGAUCAAUUACAGCUUCGCUCUCCGUGCAAGAAACAUCGCGAUUGAGAUGACGUAUGGUGAUUUUGGGAACUCGUAUCAGAUGCUCCCAUCGUAUUUGUAUAUGCUGAGAAUGAGUAAUCCCGGCACAUUAUACGACCUUGAGAUGAAGGAUGAUGGCAAGUUCCAUCAUAUGUUUGUUGCACUUGGACAGAGCGUGGCUGCCUUUGAGAAGGGUUACUUGAGGCCGGUCAUCGUCGUAGACGGGACCCAUCUGAAGGGAAGGAACGGCGGCAUUUUGUUCGUCGCUGUUACAAAGGAUGGAAACGAAGCAAUAUUUCCUCUCGCAGUUGGGCUUGGUCCUAUCGAGAACGACGAGUCUUGGACUUGGUUCUUCCACCGACUGCGGACUUGCUUUGGUCAGCCGGAUGAUCUCUUGAUUGUGUCUGAUCAGCACAAGAGCAUCAGAAAUGCUGUGGAGUGUGUCUACCCGAACGUCCCUCACGGGUUGUGCUAUUACCAUAUCCAGAAGAAUCUCGCGCAUUAUGGGCAGCAUGUAGCUGCAGUCUUCAAAGCAGCGGCAUAUUCCUAUCGAUCAGACGAUUUUCAAAGGAAUUUUUCUGCGCUUCAAGUACUGAAAGUCAACGCGUACACACGCCUCGACACUAUUGGUGUGGAGAGAUGGGCCAGGUCCAAGUGCCCUGUACGACGCACGAGCUUCAUGACGUCGAAUGCUGCCGAGACGAUGAACAGUAGACUGUUGUGGGCACGACGCCUCCCGGUUGCUUCAUUGAUCGAGACCUAUCGAGCCAUUAUGGAGAAAUGGUUCGAUAGGCGACGCAUCUCGGCUGCAUCGAGGUCACAUGAGUUGACUGAGGUAGUAGAGGGAAAGUUGCAUGUGGCUGUCGAAGCGGGUCGGCAAUUGGCUGUUCGAGGGACGACGACGCACAUGUUUAGUGUUGAGGAUGAUCAUGCAUUCUACAUUGUCGAUCUCGAGAAUCGGACUUGUAGUUGUGCUCAGUUCGACCUGGAUGACAUUCCGUGUCGUCAUGCUUGUGCCGCUAUUAGGCGUGCAGGACUGCAAGUCACGGAUUUUGUUGGAGGAUAUUUCAAACAAUCCGUGCUGUUGGCCACAUAUAUGGAGCGUAUUGUUCCCGUUCCACAUCCUACGUAUUGGAAUGUGCCCGAUGAGAUAUCAGCCUAUGUUGUGAAACCCCCGGAUAUCACGGUCCAUGCGGGACGGCCGAAGUUGAGUAGGGCUCGUUCAGCAGUUGAGGGUCCUCCUAAUUCGGGUCCUCCUAAUUCGGGUACUCCUAAUUCUCGACCUCAAGUAUGCUCACGUUGCAAGGGUGGAGGUCACAAUGCCCGGAGAUGCAAAGCGCAAGUGGGACCAUUGGACUUGAACGUGCCGGUGGAAGGUGUCGAGCAACCACCCGAUGCACGAAGGCGGCGAAAGAAGAAAUGCGGCAUUUGUAGGAGUGGAACACACACUAGGAAUGCAUGUCCUCAAAAUGUUGGGUCGUGAGUGAUUUUGAAUCUUUGAUCUUCAAAAUGUUGUUGGAAUGUUGUUGGAUGUUUACUUGUUGUUUGGGGUCUGAUUUUGUUGUUGGUAUUU